AUGUCGAACCAUUCCAACAAUUCAUUAGAUUCACUCUUUAACUACGGGCCGAGCCGUGUAGACACCGAGGCGAGAGGUGUAACAGGAUCCUCCGAGGCGUUUAUCUCGCCGAGCUUUUCCAACCGUUCAUCCAAAAGCAACGAGGCGUCAAAUCGUUCAAAUCCGUCAGGCGCUCGCUCUCCAGAUGACGAGCCGUCGGUUUCGACGAACCACCCUCAAGGUCCCGCUCUCGACGAAGAUGUUAAUCAUGCCGCAGUGAAAGCCGAGGAGGAAGCGUUUCCCUUUGAUCUGUUUGAGGCGAAGCGUGAAUUAGAACGUCUUAUGGCGUCCCCAGGUGCUUCUUCUUCUGGGCGAGGGAAACGAGUGAAAAGACAAAAACCUGACCCGCCCGGCUCUACGCUCUCCUCCCCUGACUCACUCAAGCCGUUGAGAUGUCGAUUCGGGAUAUCUGAGGCGGUAGAAUUCGUCCUUCCAGAGAAGAAUGACCGAGCCGACAAACCUCCUGAGAAUCACUUUACUCUGUACGAGGCGUUCUUCGAGCUUUGUAUUCUCUGGUUCCUGAUCCCCGGAAUUAUCCUUGAGUACCUCUGGAAACAUGGGAUCUCAAUCGGGCAGAUCAUGCCGAGGGGUCUGCGGCACAUGAUCGGCAUUCUGGUUCGAAGUUUUGAAUGCGGGCUUGAUAUUGAACUGAAUCACCUGCUAAACUUGUUGGAGAUCAGAAAAUCUCCGAAGGGAGACAGAUUUUAUAUCUCCAACAAGUACAACCGCCGGAUCAUAGGUGGUUUUCCAAGCAAGGAUCAGUUUUGGACCGAGCGCUUCUUCUAUGUAUUGGUGAACGAGGCGUCAGUCGGCGAGGAUUACGUUCAAAAAACCAAAACCACUUGGGGACCACUUGUUCGGAACAUUCUUCCCCCGAUUCCCGACGACCUUUUUGCUAUUCGAGAUUCUCUUGCGGCUCAGAGAGUUAAUUGGAAGAAGCAUUUUUCAUUCGAGAGAGUGGAAAAAGCACGAGCCAUUCUUGCCGGAGUUCCUGUUAGCUCUUCGUCUUCGAAUUCCUCGCUAGACACAAGGGAGAAAAUGGUGAUCAUUACUCUUAGAGAUAAGAAAAGGCACGAAGAAGAAGAAGAUGCGAGACAAGCCGCCGAGGCGGCUCAAACAGAAACCGAGGCUGUCCCUCAGACCGAUCCGCCGAGCCGUGAAGGUGAAGGCACGGUCCAAGCCGCGGAGGCAAACGUUGCCGAGGCGACCGAGAAAGAAGCAGCGCCCGAGGUGGAACCGGGCGAAAUUAUUCCCGAGGCACCCAAAGAUGACUCUGCGGCGCGGAGUAAAACUCUUUCAAUCGGCUAUUCUGGCUCUUCCGAAGUCAUCGAGGCCCCCGACUUCGUUGUAGCGGCCAUCAACGAGCUGAUAGCUGAAUACGAGGCAGACGUGUCCAAGGUCGAACGUCGCCUGGACGAGGCUCGGAACGAGACCGCGGCAGCGAAGGGGAAGCUGGACAAGGCGAUGACCAGGGUGUCGAGGCUAGAAAAGGGGAAGAUAGUUCUUCGUGCCGAUGUCGACAAGGUUUCUUCCUCGGUCAUUCACCUCGAGGAAGUUAGGAGAGCCAAAAGCACCGAGGUGGCGUUGCUCAAAAGGCGUAUCGAGGCCAAGGAUGCCUUGUUUAACACCAAGGUCAAGCGUGCGAAGAAGGAAGCGAGGCGAGAGCUGACGGCUAAGUUUCAGGAGCGCCUCGCCAAGGUGGAGGAAGGUUUGGCCAAGCUCGAGAAGGCCAAAACCGAUGAGAACGUGCUGGGGCAAAUCAAGGGCAACCUUGCGAUGAUUGCCGAUCUGAGGAAACAAGACGCCCCUACGCUCGACGACGAGGAGGCAAAACUAAAGAGCUGGGAGAGCGAGUACGCCGACGACGAGGCGUAUGAGCGCAUUGCCUCCGAGAUCCGAGGCGAGCUGGUCUUCUCGCCUGUGUCGCCGGGCUCUGUAGACACCAGUCUUGGUAACGAGCCGCUCGAAGAGACAGCGGCCAACUUGGGUGUCGUAGAUCCGACCGGAUCGAAUGCGGGUACGCCAGCCCUCUCGAACAUCCUUGUCGAGCGUGGAACGCAGUCUGCGGCUUGA